AUGACCAGAAAAAAUUAUACCUCGCUGACGGAGUUCAUCCUAUUGGGAUUAGCAGACACCCUGGAGCUACAAAUUAUCCUCUUUUUGCUCUUUUUUGUGAUUUACACACUUACAGUUUUGGGGAAUGUUGGGAUGAUCCUCUUAAUCAGGAUUGAGUCUCGACUUCACAUACCCAUGUAUUUCUUCCUCGCUAACCUGUCCUUUGUGGAUGUUUGUUAUUCAUCCAUCAUCACCCCAAAGAUGCUGGUAGACUUAUUAUCAGAGAAGAAAACCAUCUCCUUUGCUGGCUGCUUCCUACAGAUGUACUUCUUCAUUGCCUUGGCCACAACUGAGUGCAUCCUCUUUGGGUUAAUGGCCUAUGACCGCUAUGUGGCCAUAUGCAACCCUCUACUCUACUCCUUGAUUAUGUCCAGGGCUGUCUGCCUUCAAAUGGCAGCAGGGGCUUUUGCAGCAGGAUUGUUGAACUCCAUGGUUAACACCAGUUAUGUAAGCAGAUUGCCAUUCUGCAGCUCCAAUGUCAUCCACCACUUCUUCUGUGACAGCCCUCCGCUUUUUAAGCUCUCGUGUUCUGACACACGCCUGAAUGAAAGUGUCAUUUCCACUUUUGCUGGUGUGAAUAUGGUCGGGGCUCUGCUGGUCAUCCUCACCUCCUACUCCUACAUUCUCUUCUCCAUCUUUCGUAUGCCUUCGGAGGAGGGGAGGCGCAAAGCAUUCUCCACAUGUGCGUCUCACCUGACAGCUGUAAUUCUGUUCUAUUCCACCUCCAUCUACACUUAUCUGAGACCCAGUUCCAGCUACUCCCUGAACCAGGACAAAGUGGUUUCUGUGUUCUACACGGUGGUGAUCCCCGUGUUGAAUCCUCUGAUCUACAGCCUCAGGAAUCAGGAAGUAAAGAAGGCUUUAUGGAUUGUAGUUACUAGGAAAAGGAUCCCUUCAUUUCUGUGA